AUGGCUUCUUCAAAGUCUUUGAUGUUGCCGUCGCUGCCAUUUGAGCUGAUAGAAGAAAUACUUUACAGAACUCCCGCCGAAUCCUUGAUCUGAUUCAAGUCGACGUGCAAGAAAUGGUACGCUCUCAUCACCAGCGACAAAGGAUUCAUGUGCAAUCACUUGAGUCACUCUCCGGAACGAUUCAUAAGAAUCUACGAUCGUCAGAUCAUGGAUCCGGUGACCGGAACCCUCUCAGCAGUUUCAUUAAUCAUCCCGGACGAGUUUCGCGAUUCGUAUCCGGUAAAUUCUAUGGUUCACUGUGACGGACUCUUGCUGUGUUUGUGUCAAAAAUGGAAUAAGAGACAAUUAAGAUACGCAAAUCUCGCAGUUUGGAAUCCGGUUUUGAGAGAUUUUAAAUGGAUCGAACCGUCGGUUUGUUACCGGAUCACUGAUUUCUUGGGGUUUGGAUACGACAUUACUAGAGCUGUAUCUCGUGAUAACUACAAAAUCUUGAGGCUUGUUGUUGGUCAUUGCCGUAUUCGUAAGGAUGAGUAUUCAGAUCCAGAUUGUGAGAUCUAUGAAUUCAAGUCUGAUUCGUGGAGAAGGCUUGAUGCUAAGUAUGAUUGGAAGGUGGAUGAUAGUAAGUGCAGCGGCGUGUCUGUGAAGGGUAAUAUGUAUUGGAUUGCUAUGAAGAAGGAACAUUAUUUCAUUGUAAGUUUUGAUUUCUCCAUGGAAACAUUCAAGGACAUUUGCGUUUGUCCUUCUUCUUGGGUGACUCGGUUGGCCUGUUUCAAUGGAGAUAGACUCUCAUUGUUACUACAAGGUGAAGAAUCAGCAGGGAUGGAGGUGUGGAUGGCAAACAAUUUGACUGAUAAGGUUGUUUCGUGUUGCCAAUACUUCAAAGUCGACACUAGCCCUGGUCUCCCACCGUUACAUAUCCAUAGUGAAAUGGCUAAGCACAGGAAUAUAAUGGUGUGGAGUGAGACAAGUGUAGACGAAGAAGAUGGUAAAUGUUAUAUUUGCAUCAAGUUUUACGACAUUGGUCAAAGUGGGAUCACAAAACAAAUCCAGACAGCAAGGCAUGGACAGUUUGAGUACGAUGACCCGUUUAUUUGUAGCUAUGUUUAUGUUCCAAGUCUGAUUCCGAUUCCCCUCAAAGAAGAGCAUCAGGUAGAGAUUUGAUGAACGUUGUUUCGUUUCUUAAAGCUCUGUCUAAUUUUGUUGGUCUUUGUGUUAUUUGAAAUUCAACUAUGAUACUGUACACAUGUUAUUGAAAUUGACUUCUGGUUUUGGUUUUUGUACUACGAUCUUGACAAU